AUGUUAAAAUUUUAUAAUGAAAAUUCAACAAUCAUGGGUAAUGGUCCAAAUAGUGGCGAAAAGAAAACAGAUGAAGAACAAUAUGAAGAUGCCAUUUUAAAAAAAACUUUCCAAUUAGGAGAAUUAAGUCGAACAGAAAGUACUGAAGGUUUAAUAUUUUUUGCUGGUACUGAUAAAGCUCGUGUAAUUACUGAAAUACUUGAAGAACGUGGUUGGUCUAGAACAAAGGAUCAUAAUGUAACUAAUUUUACUAUAAAAUGGUGUCUAGCACAUCAAGUUGAUUGGAAUCGAUUUCAAGAAGGAAAGCAACUAAUUAAUAAUAUACCUGGUCAAUUAGCAUUUGCUGACAAAAUCAAUUUAUGGUAUACAAUAAGAGAUUAUUUAUGUCAUAGACGUACUUUAGAUGGAAAUCAUAUCCAAACUUUCCUUCCAAUGACUUUUGUUCUUGAUGAUGAAAGCGAAGUGGCAGAAUUUUUACGUUCUUUUAAAAAACAAAAUCGAACAUGGAUAUGUAAACCACGUUAUAAUUAUGCCGGACGAGGAAUCUAUGUUAUAUCAGUAAAUAGUGAUUUAAAUACAAUAUUCAAGUUUAAACUUGGUAAUAGUAAUCGUCUUCAACUUCACCCAAGAUUACCUGGUUAUUUAAUGCAAGAAUACAUAUCACGACCAUUACUUAUCAAAGGUCGAAAAUUCGACAUACGUGUACAUUGGCUUGUCGCAUGGACAAAACCUUUACUUGUUUUUUAUAAUCAUAAUGCAUCUGUUGUACGUUUAUCCCUUAAUCUUUAUCGAGAAUUCGAUUUCGAUCGUGCAACACAUUUAACAAAUUUGUCUGUGCAAGAAAAUCAUUAUCGUUACGCUUUUUCACAAGAAGCAACUGGAAUGACAAUGAGUCAAUUAAAUCAUUAUUUUAACCGUUGUUUUCGACCAUUUCAUCCGAAAAUGUGUCAAGAUUGGGUGAUGACUGUUAUGCAAGAACGUAUGCAAACAAUAAUUCGUCAUGUAGUACGUGCAAGUAAAGAUAAAUUAGCUCGUGAAGCUGGACAAUUUGGUUUUUUUGGUUGUGAUUUUUUACUUGAUGAAAAUUUUCGUAUAUGGCUAUUAGAAAUAAAUGAUAAUCCUGGUGUUGGAUGGGGCAAUCCUCGAUUGAAUACAACAACAAAACCUUUAUUCGAAGAAACUCUUAAUAUUGUUUUUGAAUGUUUUGAAAAAUAUAAAAAUAAUCAAUCAUUAUUACCAAUAGAAUGUUUAAAAGACUAUCAACUUAUAUAUAAUGAAGAUGAUGAUAGUGAUAGACUUUUACGUGAUGAUAAUCAAUUAUUUACGGAUCGUCUAUCAAUUCGAUAUGUCACCAAAGAAGUUUCAUCACGAACAUAUUUUCAUCGAAUAUUACCAAAUGCUCAUACAAAUCGAACAUCAACAAAUAAAAAUGAUAACGAUAUUAAUAUUAAUAGUCACAUGAUCCUUCCAUUAAGGAAUAUAAAAGAUUCUAGUUCGUCUAUAGAUGAUAUAAUACCUUUUCAUUCAUCAAAUAUUAAUGAUACACCUAAAAAUUCUUCAACCAUCAGUACAACACCUGUAAAUUUAAACAUAAUAAAUAAAACUGAUGAUACAAAUGAAACAAUUGAACCAUUAAAACAUGAUGAUGAUAUUGUAUUAGAACGUUUAAUGAAAUCAAAAAAACCAGAUAUAACUAAUUUAAAAAUAAAACCUUCAUUAUCAACAUCAACAUCAAUGAAUCGAACACCUAUUAAAAUAAAUAAAACAAAUGUUAAACGAAAUCUUUUAACAACGAAUUCAUUUACUAUACAACGAAAAAAACGUCUUGAUUUAACACCAAUUAUUGUAGAUAAAAAACGAUAUAUACAUCGAAAUGGUAUUUUACCUAUUUCUACUGAAACAACUAGACAAGAAGAUAAAAUAUGCAAAAAUCAAAUUAUUCUUCAUGAACAAGAACAAAAUGAAAUAUCGAAGAAUCAAAUUAUCCUUCAAGAACAUGAACACGAUGAAAUUGAAAAACAAGAUAAUCAAUCAGUUAUUAUAUCCAUUACAAAUAUUGUUCCACUAAAACUUUGUUCUUCGAAUUAA